CUGGGGGCGCGGGGACCAGGCGCCGCGCGGGCUUCUGAACUGCCACAUUGUUGGGGCCGCAGGCUCGGCCAGUCCCAAGCCUGAGCCCGAGCGCGCUGCGCAGGCUGCUGGGGCUGGCGGGGCCGCCUCCAGGGGCUGCGGCCCGGGCCGGGGUGCGGGGCCGCGGCGCCACCGAGCGGGCUGGCGACUGGGCGACGCUGCCCUCCCGGGCCACACAGGGCCCCCAGAGGCGCGCAGCCCAGGCGCCCUACCCCGGGGCGCUCUGCAGGCGGGAGGCGAGGUGUCGGCUGGCCCGAGCUCCGCAGCUAACCCGGGCUGGAAGGAGGGAAGAGGAGAAGGGGGAGGAGGGGGAGGAGGGAGAGAUCGUGGGGGAAGGCGGGCUACCAGGGGGGCGGGAGUCGCGGCCAGGACUGCGGGUCGGAGCGAGCAGCGCCGCGCCGCGAGGAGCCCGGGCGGGGCAGCCGCGGCCCAUGGAGCCCGCCGGCCCGGCCCCAGGCCGCCUCGGGCCGCUGCUCUGCCUGCUGUUCGCGGCGUCCUGCGGCUGGACAGGAGUGCUGGGUGAGGAGCUGCACGUGAUCCAGUCUGAGACAUUUGUGUCAGUCGCAGCUGGAGAGACGGCCACUCUGCCCUGCACUGUGACCUCCCUGCUCCCUGUGGGGCCUGUCAAGUGGUUCAGGGUCAAAGAGUCAGGCCGGAAUGAAAUCUAUAGUUUCAAAGAUGGCCACUACCCCCGAGUAACACCUGUUUCAGACAACACAAAGAGAGAGACCAUGGACUUUUCCAUCCGCAUCAGUAACAUCACCCCAGCAGAUGCCGGCGUCUACUACUGUGUGAAGUUCCAGAAAGGGAGUCCUGAUGUGGAGAUUAAGUCUGGACCAGGCACCCAGCUCACUGUGCGUGCCAAACCGUCUCCCCCAGUGGUUCAGGGCCCCUCGACAAGGGCCACACCUGGGCAGAGAGUGAACUUCACCUGCAAGUCCCAUGGCUUCUUCCCCAGAAACAUCAGCCUGAAAUGGUUCAAAAAUGGGAACGAGCUCCCAGCCUCCCACACAGACAUAGAACCAGAGGAGAGUGACGUAUCUUACAGCGUGUCCAGCAUAGCCGAGGUGACCCUAGCUCCGGGGGACGUGCACUCCCAGGUCAUCUGCGAGGUGACCCACAUCACCCUGACGGGGGGCUCUCCUCUUCGUGGGACUGCCAACCUGUCUCAGACCAUCCGAGUUCCACCCACCUUGGAGGUGUCCCAACAUCCCACAGUGGGCAGCCAGGUGAACAUCACCUGCCAGGUGAUGAAGUUCUACCCCCGACCUCUACAACUGACCUGGCUGGAGAACGGAAACAUGUCUAGAACAGAAACGACCUCCAUUCUGCUAGAGAACAAGGAUGGGACCUUUAACCGGACAAGCUGGCUACUGGUGAACUCGUCUGCCCACAGGGAGAACGUGCUGUUCACCUGCCAGGUGCAGCAUGAUGGGCAGCAGGCCGUCAACAAAACCCACACCCUGGAGGUCUCUGCUCAGCACAAGGAACCGGGUACAGGUGGACCACCUGAAAAUCCUCAGAACUUGAAUGGCAUCUUUAUCGCCGUGGGCUUGGUGUGUACCCUGCUAGUGGCCCUGCUGGCUGCGGCCCUCUACCUCCUCCGAAUCCGACAGAAAAAAGCCAAAGGCUCAACCUCGUCUACAAGGUUGCAUGAGCCCGAGAAGAAUGCCAGAGAAAUAACCCAGGUACAUUCCUUGAUCCAGGAAACUAAUGACAUCAACAAUGACAUCACCUAUGCAGACCUGAACCUGCCCAAGGGGAAGAAGCCUGUCCCCCGGGCUGCUGAGUCCAACAACCACACGGAGUAUGCCAGCAUCCAGACGGGACCACAGCCCGUGCCCGAGGACACACUCACCUAUGCUGACCUGGACAUGGUCCACCUUAACCGGGGCACCAAGCAGCCAGCCCCAAAGCCUGAGCCAUCCUACUCAGAGUAUGCCAGCGUCCAGGUGCCAAGGAAGUGAUGGGGACUGCCGUCUGUCCCCACCAGCCUUCCUGUUCCCCGUGGGACAGCCGUGAUGAGGACAGCCAGCCCAAUUCCGGAGGGUUGGGGUGGCACCAGCCCUUGAACCCAAGGGUGAGGGUGGCCCUUAUCUCCCUAACCAGCUCAGCUUCCUAGCAUUUCAAGGGCAGGUGUGCCCCCCAGCCUUGCCAUACAGGGAGGCUGAUGUUGCCAUGCCAGCCAGGGGCUCCUGCCGGGGAAGUAGCCAGAGCCGUUGGGGGUGCAAGUGCUCUCACACCUCUCUCCAUCAACCGUGGGUCUUGGUCCUGGUGUUAGAGACCCUUGCCUGCCUCCCUGAUGCUCCACAGUCUGGUCUUCCAGGGUGAGGAGGGAGAAAUGCCCAUCUCCUACCCCGUCCGCCACUCCCUCCUUGGAGAGCUGGAUGAAACUCUGGGCCCUAUGUCCUGAGACUUAGUGAGGGCACAGCUAGCAGUCCUGGGGGUGGAGAGGACCCUCUGAGGAACCCCAUCACCAUCAUGGACCUGUCUCCUCUUAGUGACCCACAAGGACUCCUGGAAGACUCAUCACCCCAACUGUGAUGCUCCAUGUGUUCCCACCUUCUCUCCAGACCUGAGCUUGCCUCCUCCAGCUCGUACUAACUCCAACACCCCACUGUGGACGCCUGUAAAUUAUUGAGAAAUGUGAAACGUGCAAUCUUGAAACUGAGGUGUUAGAAAAUUUUAUCUGUGGUGUUCUUUUUUUCUUUUUCUUUUUCUUUUUUCCCUUUUUUCUUUCUUUUUUCUUUUUCUUUUUUUUUUUCUUCUCUUUAAAACAGCAGCAGUGUUCUCUUGACUCUGUCAUGUGUUGAAGAACCUGGGUGGGUUUUGUGCAGUCUGAGGUUUGACAAUAGUUUACCAUGGAGGAUUUUUCUUCCAACAGAAACUCAGCUCUCCCAAGUCCCAGAGCCCUGAGGACAGGGGAGAAAGGUUCUGGUUCAGCUGCCCCGUGGAAAUGCUUAGCCUUCUCUCUAGGACCAAACUGGUCACUUCUCAGCUGGGCCAGGUGGCUGACCCAUUGCCUUCUGUGACCCAGGGUGACAGGUUUGAACCUAUUCGAAGGUCUGCCCAGGACUCUCCCAGGCAGUCUCCUGCCAGUGUGGUCUUCUGGGGACCCCAUGCCUGAGCCUGCUCCCCUGAAAAGAUAGAGAGGAAGAUUUCCUUCCUCCUCACCUCCUCACCUCCUCUCAGCACCUGGGAGUUAAGCAGGGUGAGGAUGCUAUACCUGGCUGUCUUCCCAAGCCCAGCUCUCUGAGCAGAUCCCUGUGGAAUGAAUCUUCCAUUUUUUCAGACCCUACUGGGGCCAAACUGGAGUGAGUCCAAGACAGCCAGAAGGACAGGGUGGCUGUGAAUCCAGAUCCAGGUUGUUGUCUGUCCUUCUGUCUCAGAAGGUUCGGCAGAGGCUAUGAACUAUCACCUUGUGGCUCCCACCCUUCCAGUUCAAUGUGGGGGCUGCCUGAAUCCAGGGCAGGCAGAUGAUAUAGGCCCUGUUUAUUUGGCUCUCAUGUUUUAAUUGUCAGCUUUUAGAAUGGAGACACUAAUCUUCCCUGCCCCUGGGUCUGGUCGCAUGCUGUUCAAGGAUUCUUGUUCAGGCAGUCAAGGCAAUAGCUGGGCUCUCCCUGACCAUCAGCAGGCCCCACAGGUGAACCUCCGGUGCUCAGCACAGACCCAGUUCCCUGGGGGCCAGUGAUUUGGGGUUUCACACAAUGGCAUGCAGGCACAAACUGAGCCAAGAGGCCAUGUGAGCAGCUCUGGCUCAUGAAGCCAGGGUUUCUCUGUGGCAUCUGGGAGCAUAGAGGCCUGGCCACCUGGCUCAGACUGUUUCCAAAUUCCAAAAGGUUGGCUUGUAAAUCUGACUUUCUCACUCCCUUCUGCCCAAAGAGCACAUGUGCUUGAGCCCACGCACAUGGACACACAUUCUCACAUGUAUGUGCACAUGGCAUUUUAAAAGAAUGUUUUCUUGAUGCCACUCUCAUUCUAUUUAGGAUUGGGGGAAGGGAGUAAGAGACUGAGGAAGUCAUGUAAGUCAGCUUCAGCUGGGCAGCCUGAAGAGUCCCAUACCUUGUGUAUUGAGCCCCAGGAAAAGGAAGAGAGCAGAUCAACAGUCCUGAAGGAACGUGGUUUGGGAAGUUUAUUUUAAGACUGCUGGGAAGGAAACAGGCCCCAUUUUGUAUAUAGUUGCAACUUAAACUUUUUGGCUUGCAAACUAUUUUUGUAAUAAAGAUUUCUGGGUAACAAUGACCCUGCUGUA